ACCUCCAGCACCUGCCUUCCCAGCCAGCAACCCCAAGCAACACUGAGUGGGUGGGGCACAGGUGGGCUCCUGGGGCCUCCUUAAACAAAGCUUCCUAGGGGUGCAUUUCACUUUAAAGGUUCCAAGGCAUUCUAGUGCCUCCAUCUCAGGCUUCUCAGCUGGAACUUUUGUUGAGUGAAAUCACAGAAGACCAUGAGGAAAGCUGAAGCUGCUCACUGGCCCCAGCCCCCCUUCUCUCUCCUGGAACCUCUCCCAGCUGGACAGGAGGAGGCAGACACCGAAGUUCACCUGACCUUGAUCAUCUUAGAUAAAAAAUGGAACCAACCUCUUGUGAAUCGGCAGGGCUAGGAGCCCUGUGCCACAGCGUGGGAUGAGCAAGCCCCACCCAGGUACCCGGGUCACCAGGUCCACAGAUCAAAAACAUACAAGUGGCAUCAAAGAUGCAAGUGGCAAAAGAAUACUCAACCAGGAACCCUUUUAUAGCACGUUGCGAGAAUGUCACACAGGCAGGAUGUGUUUGUGGCUCCAUCCACAGGUGCUGAGCCUGGAGUCGGGUCCCUCUGGGUGAGGGAGUUGGGUAACAGGACAAGGUGACAAUUCGAUGGGGGCGAGAGGGAGGCUGGAGCAUUGGGUGGGCCUGCCCCGCCCUGGGCUGGGGAGGAGGGGACAUUCGCCAGGGACCCACAGGGAGGGGAGGAGGAAGCAGUGGCUGGGCACUUCCCAAGGAGGAAGCGGUGCUGGAUUUUCCCCAGGCGUGGCUGAGGUAUAAAGGGCACUGCAAGCCAGCCACAGCCAGGUGCACCGCAGGACCACAGCCAGGUGUGUCCCAGACUGCUAUCAGGUGCACGCCAACUGCUCGGAGCCCAGCUGCUGCCACCGUGAUGCUCCUCCCUGGCCUCCUGCUUCUGCUCUGGCUGCCUGCCAGCCUGGCCCGCCAUGGACCUCCACUCUGGGGAGGCUCCCACACCCAUACUCGUGAGACUCCACGCUGCUACUCAGCCGAGGAGCUGCCCCUGGGUCAGGCCCCCGCACACCUGCUGGCUCGAGCUGCCAAGUGGGACCUGGCUUUGCCAGUAGCCCUGGUGUCCAGCCUGGAGGUGGUGGGCCGCAGGAGGCGCAACAAGCAGCCCCCGACUAGGACCCAGUGCCCAGUGCUGCGGCCCGAGGAGGUAUUGGAAGCUGACGUCCACCAGCGCUCCAUCUCUCCCUGGAGAUACCGCGUCGACACAGACGAGAGCCGCUACCCACAGAAGCUGGCUGUUGCUGAGUGCCUGUGCAAGGGCUGCAUUAGCGCCAGGACCGGCCGAGAGACAGCCGCACUCAACUCUGUUCCACUGCACCAGAGCCUGUUGGUACUGCGCCGCCAGCCCUGCUCUCGGGACGCCACAGGGACACCCACACCGGGGGCCUUCACCUUCCACACUGAGUCCAUCCGCGUGCCCAUUGGCUGCACCUGCGUCCUGCCCAGGGUGGCAUGAUGACUGCCAGCCUCAGCUGUCCCCGCCCCCUGCCAUGGGCAGGGAUCACCUCCCAGACUGGACAGUGGGGAUCUCUCUGUGGAGAGGGCCCCUCCUAUUUAUGUGUAUUUAUUAGUUAUUUAUAUGCCCUGAGUGACCGUUUCUGCUGCCCGGGGUUUCUGAGCAGGUACAGGGGCUCCAGGCCUCUGGUUUAAGCACAGUGGAGAAUGGACACUGGAUGGGCCCAGUGACCGUGUGCUGGUCAGGCCCUACCUGGACACUCAGUUACCCUUUCACAAAAACAGACAGUGAGUCUAGAAGGAACCUUAUUAAGGAACUUCUUAAAACAGAAAAGGUGUUCCGAAUGCCCCCCUCGGUAGCCCCCCGGGGCUUCCCUCACCCUGUCACUGGUCUCAGGCUGGUCCAGGCCACCCCAAGCUCCCUCUUCCCAGCCCCCUGUAUUUCUAAAACAGUUAUUUAUUGUAAAUGUAAAUAAAUGUUAUUACAUUGAUAAACAGACCCCA